AUGCGUAGCUCAUCAGGAAUGAGUACCAUUUUUCAAACAUACAUAUUCUUCGCCCUUUCAAUCACAUCCGAGGUUCAAGGGUUUAGGAACGACCAGGCCGCAAUCACCCCGCCUCCAGCCGUAGCUACCCUAGUGGCUAGAGAUCAGGUUGUCCUUGGAGCAUGUGGACCAUUUGACCAUUGGAUUACAGUGGCCGCCGGUGCUAGCUGCGAGAGCGUAGCAUCAGACAACGAAAUUACCAUGGACGAAUUCCUAUUAAUGAACCCGAAUAUCUCUCCAAGCUGUGACAACCUGAUCGCAGGUAAUCAGUACUGCAUUGGUACGGGUCCUGCCUCGCCACCUUCCUCAACGAUACCUUCAUCCACGUCUACACCUCCUCCUCCGCCAAGCACUAGCGCUGGCCCUACUCCUACUCCCACUACCACUCCACCUUCUUCACCAAUUUGA